AUGGCCCUCAAUGGACAUCAAGCCCCUGAUGAGAUUAACGCACGCUUUCCUUCCCCCUCCGCUGCUCCUCCACGAUCGUUUUCUAUCGAGGGUUUCCGCGUCACGACGCAAAAAUUACCUAUCCUCAAGGCCGGGCCUAUCGAUGAAAUGACCAAUAAACUUGGGAUUACUCCUCCGGAAAUGAUUUUUGGUGACAAUUUUGUAGCAAUUGAGCAUGCACGGUCCGGCUGGGGAAUCAAGUUUGACGCAUUUGGGGCUUUGGACAGGGUCGACAAAACAGGCGAAAAGAGGCUGAAGGUGGCAUACUCUAGAGAAUGGCAUCAAAGCCGAGAAGAUACCCACGAUAUCAAAGAGGUCGUAAAGCCGUUCGACUGGUCCUACACUACCGACUACAAGGGUGACCUGGCUCCUGACGGACCCAAGUUCCAGCAGUCAACGGAAGCAAUCCCCCUUGAAUUAUUGAGGCGACCGGAUCCCAUUUUGUUCUUUGAUGAUGUGAUUCUGUACGAAGAUGAGCUUGCUGACAAUGGAAUCACUAUGCUCUCAUGCAAGAUUCGAAUCAUGCCGGCACGACUACUUCUUCUCUGUCGAUUCUUCAUGAGGCUCGACAACGUGUUACUCAGAUUGCGCGAUACUAGGGUAUAUAUCGAUUUCGAAGUGAAGGAGGUGAUUCGAGAGUAUGUAGCAAAAGAGGAGACGUAUGACAAAGUGCGUGAGGCACUGGCCGGAAGGAGAGACGACGUGGCGGCUGUGCUUCGAGAUGCAAAUCAAGUGGCUGGCCUUCUGCCCAUUGUCGAGAAGACCCUCGAACGGGCCGAGCUGGGAAAAUGA